CUUUUCCCGAGUUAAAAAAGUGAUAUAAAUGGAAUCAAUGUUUUCUGGGCAAGUCUCUCUCUCUCUCUCACAAAAAAGAGUAGAAUUUGGAUUUAUUACACUUUCAAACCUUCGAUCCAAGGAAACAUACUUCCUUCCUUUCAAUGAUUCUGCUGAUGAUCAUACCUCCUGAUCAAAAGAUUUGAAAAAACCUGCCCCUUGAUUGAUUGAUUCUUUAUAUGUUUGGUACCAUACCAACAAGAUGGCUAUCUCUUCAUCAAUAUCUCACACCGGUUCACGGAGUUUCACCGGAGCUUUGUCAUUAGCCUUUAAUGAGUGGCUACUAAUGCUCAUGCUCUUUAUCAACUCCAUCUUCUCCUACGUGAUCACAAGGUUUGCAGAUUCCUCUAAUCUCCAAUCUCCAUGUAUGAUGUGCGCUAGUCUUGAUCAUAUUCUCGGGAAGACGACAAAACAUUUGAAGAGAUCUCAUUGGGACAUGGUUUGCUCUAAACACAAAUCAGAAAUCUCUUCAUUGGUUUACUGUCACGCUCAUAGCAAACUUGUUGAUGUCCGAGGAAUGUGUGAAGCUUGUCUUUUCUCCUUUGCUACAACCAACAAGUCCAAUGCUGAGACUUAUAGAUUAUUGGUUGGGAAGUUGGGUGAAGAGUCUCCCUUUGAGGGAUCCAAGAGUGAUCCAAACACAAAUCCAAGUCCAAGAUACUGCACUUGUUGUAAUCAGCUGUGGAUGCCACAAACCGGUUCUAGUGAUCAGGAGGAGGUGGUGGUGGCUAAACCGGUGACGUUACCGAAGAUUCGUGUGGUUAGUAGUCUGAGAACCGAGAAACAAGCUAAUACACCAAAGAAAAGUGUUAGUUUCAAUCAUUUGCCUGAUGUUGGAUACACUGAGCUCAAGAUUCAUUCUGAUACUGAAUCAGAAGCUGUGUUUUCAGAAGAUGAAGCGUUUAAAGAAAAGGAUGAUCAUAAGUUUCAAAACGUGGAUUUGGAGACUCCUCGAGCUAUCAGCUUGCCUUAUGAUUUGGCUACCGAUAAGCUGCUAAAACCUGACAUCCCUUUGCAAGAGAUCGGUUUGAGAACUUAUGAUUCCUUUUUUCCUGAGCUUAUUCCUGGUAAUGACGUGGCUGAAACGUCAGAGAAGGUGUUGAAGGAGAAAGAGAUCAGUUCAUUGGAUAGUCUUUUCUUUACAUCAAGCACCAUGCAACAUUCUGAUUCUACAGCUAGUUUGAAGGAGAAAGAAGAUCUGAUUCAUUUUAAGGAAGUUCCUGGAGAUGCCUUAAUGGAAGAGACAGAGGUUAUUCCAGUUAAUGAUGUCCCUGAAACAUCAAAGAAGGUGUUAAAGGAAGAAGAGAUCGUUUCAUUAGAUAAUCUUUUCUUUUCACCACGCUCCAUGGAGCCUUUUGCAGCUGUUUCCAUGGAGACAGAGCUUAUUAGCCUCAGAGAUAUUAUUUCAACAUCAGCAACUCCUGAAGCUCUCUUAAUGGGAGAGGCUGUUUUACAGGGGAAGGGAGAUCUGGUUCACCUCCUAGAUAUUUCAUGUACACCAGAUUCUCUGGAAAGUCCUGCAGAUGCCUCAGUGGAGGAAGCUGAUCUUAUUUGCCUCAAAGAUGUCACUUCAACAUCAUCAUCAGAUGCUGCUGAAACUCCUGAAGAUGUCUUAAUGGGAGAGACUGUUUUAAAGGAGAAAGAAGAGCUGGUUUACCUCCAAGAUAGUGAAUAUUUUGAGGAAAACCCUGCAGAUGCCUUGAUGGAGAAGACUGAGACAGUUUGCCUCAAUGAUCUUACUUCAACAUCAUCAUCAGAUGCUUCUGAAACUCCUGAAGAUGUCUUAAAGGGAACUGAACUUAUGCCACUCCAUGAUUCAUCUCCAGAAGAGGUUCCUGAAUCGUCGUCCACUACAAAUGAAACCCCUGUUGAGACGUUGAAGGAGAGGGAUACAAACCAAGAUGAUACAGCCUCUGUGGAAUCGGAAUAUGUAGUUGUAUCACCUUCGAAAUCUGCACAGUCCAUGCCUGAAGAUUCAACAGAAGACUGUGUAUCAGAAGACAAGGAAACAAAAGAGACCUCUGUAUCUGAAAUGGCUGCACACACAGAAGCUGCUCCUGUGUCAGAAUCUGCAUCUUUCAACAACGAGGGUAGCAAGGAUAGUAAUGAUGGAGCACACAUAGAACAAUGGAUGAAGAAAGAUACUUCUAGAGUCAGUGAAGACCUUAAAACACUACUUACUCAUAUAUCAGCUUCUCGUGGGAUAGAGCUUCUGUCACCAAGAGGUAUAAGCCCUAAGAUAUCUAGCGAUCAGGAGACAAGGGACCUUGAUCUUGACAUGCAGUUGCUAAUCCAAAAGAGAAUGCUAGAAAGGAACGAGAGCAACUUAUCAUUAGAAGAAGUUUCCGUGAGUGAGAUAGAAGGAGAAAGCGAGAGUGAUCGGUUGAAAAGACAAGUUGAUUAUGACAGGAAGUUGCUGGCUGGUCUAUAUAAAGAGUUAGAGGAAGAAAGAAGCGCGUCAGCAGUUGCUACAAACCAAGCAAUGGCUAUGAUAACGAGGUUGCAAGAAGAGAAGUCGUUGUUUCAAAUGGAAGCUUUGCAGAAUCUUAGGAUGAUGGAAGAGCAAGCUGAGUAUGAUAUGGAAGCAAUACAGAAACUGAACGAUUUGCUUGCUGAGAAAGAAAAGCUUAUUCAAGAUUUAGAAGCCGAGAUUGAGUACUUCAGAGACCAGACCCCACAGAAGAAGCUAGAUGUUGCAGAAAACGUGACAGGUAUUGAUUCUUCUAGUGAGACAAUGAGCAGCAAGAUAAAGAACUGUUUAACUGGGUUCAACGAAGAGAGGCUAUACAUCACAAGUUGUUUGGAGGAUAUUGAAAACAGUGUUCAAACAGAUGUAAAUGGUGAUAACUUACCAACACAAGAAUCUGUUUCUGAGCUGAGUGAGAGAGUAGAGAAGCUGAAGGGAGACUUGUAUUUUCUAGAACAUGUUGUGAGUUCUCUAGGACAUGGGGAUGAAAGUGGGGAAGAAAGUGUAGAAUUUGUCAAGGAGAUAGCUUCUCAUUUGCAAACGUUGAGGAGUCUCAGCAUGAAAAGACGUAAUGAUGCAGAGAGUUAAUACUGCUGUCUACCUGUAAAACAAACAAACCUUCACAAAGAUAACUUUGUGGAGAAAAUGUUGCAGAGGAAUACCAAAAGAAGACAAGAGUGGUGGAAAAGCUCAAGGUAUCUGUACAGCAUCUCUCAAGAUGGCCUUUUCCUCUUUCUUAUACAAAACAAAUUUUCAGGAAUGAUUCGUAUUUUUGGGGGUUUGGGGUGUUCAUAACUUACUUGUGGGUUUGUUUUGCAUUUUUCUAUGAUUUUUCUUGUGCUGAAUUUCUGAUUUUACUAUUCUUUAAAUAGAUUGAUACUUUUGUUUAGCAUGUCAAAAAGUCAUGCAACUUUCUUAAGCUUGCUGUACGUUUGUCGCCUAUAGUAA